CCAAGAGCUUUUAUUAUUUUUUCUCAUUAUAAUUCCUUCGCACUUAACGGCACUACUAACUCUUAUAUUUUACAUAUUUUAUUCUCAUUAAAAAUAAUAAAUAAAAAUGAUAAAUAUAUUAUUUUCCCGCAUAUGUGUACUAACCUGUGGUACUUUGUAUCCCGGCUAUAUUUCAUUUAAAACUGUGCGCGCCAAAAUUGUCGAGGACUAUGUAAAAUGGAUGAUGUAUUGGAUUGUUUUUGCCAUUUUUACCACGGCCGAAAGUUUUACGGAUAUAUUUCUAGCUUGGUUUCCAUUCUAUUAUGAAUUUAAAGUGGUUUUAAUACUCUGGCUAUUGCCCACUAUGGGCAAUGGUAGUACGUUUAUAUAUAAAAAUUGUAUACAUCCUUUGCUCAAGAAACAUGAGACACGUGUUGAUCAUCAUUUGGAACAAGUUAGAGAAAAGGGACAGGAUUUGAUUUUACACUAUAUGCGAGAAACUGUGCUGUACAUUGGCAGAGCUGUAAUGAAUGUUAUCAAUAAAAACUUUCCCAAUGGUAUAUUGGGUUUGUUGGCCAAUAAUAAUCCUUAUACGACUGGAAGAUCUAUACCGGCAGCUAGUAAUAUUGUUAUAGAAGAGGAAAUUGUGCCACAUAUUGUUAAGAAAACUUCAGCAGGACGUAAAACUGCGAAUAAAACUUCCUCCAACCACAACGAGUCGGAAGAGCCGCAUAGCUCGCGUGGUCGUAGUCGCAAGGCUCGUCAUUCUAAGCCUGACAUUGAUUACAAUUUAAAUGAAAGUUAAGUGUGGCGAAACAAAGAAUAGUUUUAAGAUUUUAUAUUUCUGAUAAUUUUGUUUAGAUGUAAUUUUUUAAGUUUCUAUUUGUAUUCCAAU